CCGCCCCUCCCGGCCCCGCCCCGUCCUCCGGGUUAAGAGCCAGGCGGGCUCAGCUGACGCCGCACUCCACGUGACUUCUAGCACCCGGCGAGCAUGGCGUCCCCCGCGCGCCCUUCCUUUUCCCUGGGGAACGAGACCUUGGAGGUGCCACUGGCGCUGUUCGCCCUGAACAGGCAGCGCCUGUGUGAGCGGCUGAGGAAGAACGCAGCUGUGCAGGCCGGCUCUGUGGUCCUGUUGCAGGGUGGAGAAGAGAUGCAGCGUUACUGCACUGAUACCUCCAUCGUAUUCCGCCAGGAGUCCUUCUUCCACUGGGCCUUGGGUGUCGUCGAGUCAGGCUGCUAUGGUGUCAUUGACGUGGACACUGGGAAGUCAACCCUGUUUGUGCCCAGGCUUCCUCCUAGCUACGCCACCUGGAUGGGAAAGAUCCAUUCCAAGGAGCAUUUCAAGGAGAAGUACGCCGUGGACGAUGUCCAGUACACAGACGAGAUUGCCAGCGUCCUGACCUCCCGGAAACCCUCUGCCCUCCUCACCUUGCGUGGAGUCAACACUGACAGCGGCAGCGUCUGCAGAGAGGCCUCCUUCGAGGGCAUCAGCAAGUUCAAUGUCAACAACACGAUUCUUCACCCAGAGAUCGUGGAAUGCCGGGUGUUCAAGACAGACAUGGAGCUGGAGGUUUUGCGCUACACCAACCGGAUCUCCAGUGAGGCCCACCGUGAGGUAAUGAAGGCCGUGAAGCCCGGGAUGAAAGAAUACGAGAUGGAAAGCCUGUUCCACCACUACUGUUACUCUCGGGGCGGCAUGCGUCACACCUCUUACACCUGUAUCUGCUGCAGCGGCGAGAACGCAGCCGUCCUUCACUAUGGCCAUGCCGGGGCCCCCAAUGACCGGACGAUCAAGGAUGGAGAUAUGUGCCUGUUUGACAUGGGCGGAGAGUACUACUGCUUCGCGUCCGACAUUACCUGCUCCUUCCCUGCCAAUGGCAAGUUCACAGAGGACCAGAAGGAAAUCUACGAGGCCGUCCUGAAGAGCUGCAGGGCUGUGAUGAGCACAAUGAAGCCAGGUGUCUGGUGGCCUGACAUGCACCGGCUGGCCGACCGCGUCCACCUGGAGGAGCUGACGCGCAUUGGCCUCCUGAGUGGCAGCGUGGACGCCAUGCUCCAGGUCCACCUGGGAGCAGUGUUCAUGCCACACGGGCUCGGCCACUUCCUGGGCCUGGAUGUGCACGACGUGGGAGGUUACCCUGAGGGUGUAGAGCGUAUCGAUGAGCCUGGCUUGCGGAGCCUGCGCACAGCGAGGCAUCUGGAGCCGGGCAUGGUGCUGACCGUGGAGCCGGGGAUCUACUUCAUUGACCACCUCCUGGACCAGGCCCUGGCAGACCCAGCCCAAGCCUGCUUCUUCAACCGCGAGGUCCUGCAGCGCUUCCGCAACUUCGGUGGGGUCCGGAUCGAGGAGGACGUUGUGGUGACAAACAGUGGCGUGGAACUGCUGACCUGUGUGCCUCGGACUGUGGAGGAAAUUGAAGCAUGCAUGGCCGGCUGUGACAAGGCCUUCACGCCCUCCUCUGGCCCCAAGUAGAGCCAGCUGUGACGUCAGCCUGCCCAUGGCACCCCAGCAGCAAGAGGCAGUGCUCAGCAUCGGGCCCGGGAGCUCACACGAGAUCCUACCAAAACCGUCACUGCCUCUCCAAGGGAGGACAGCAUUGUAUUAGCCUGCAAGAUCACAUCCCUAAUCUUGACUUUGCUGAUUGAUUGAAAACAAACCUGAUCUUAAGUCGCAACUAAUUCUCUUGCUGCCAUUUAUAUCCAUGUGCUCAGGAAAGGAAGCACUCUAGGUGUCUUCUCCAAACAAAAAUCAAUACGCAGGAUGGAGUUUGCAAUAAAAGCUUUUCUAAACCGG